AAGGUCUCGGAACGUCCAAUUAACAUGGGCGAGAUUAUCCAAUCCUCAAAGGAAGGUCGACUUGUCGAAUUAUUUGGUACUGGCACGGCUGCUGUUGUCACCCCUGUGGACAGAAUUGGGUACAACGGAGGUGAUGUCGUGAUUCCUACUGGUAAGGACGGUAUGGGGCCCGUCUCGAAGCCUCUUUGGACAGAGCUGGUGGGUAUUCAGACGGGGGCUAUCAAGAGCGACUGGAACUACGUGGUGGCGCAGUAGUGCGGCUAUCGUUCAUCUACAAACAGGAGAUCUAUCUGUGCUUUUUACUAUAAUCUAGAGUUCUCUCGUGGCGAUCAUAAGAUGGCAGCAGAAUCAGCUAGUUGUAACGCUGAAGGUUACUAUGAUAUCCUUAUGUGCCAGCCUCUGACUUUCAUUGUCUAGGUCUCUGGUUCUUUUCUGUCAUCAGUAGGUAUUAUCAGGAACAGACCGCUAGAAGAACAUUAAAUUGCCG